AUGAGCGGAUGUUUGCUUUGUUAUGGCGGGGCGGAGAGCGUUCUCGUAGGGGUUUUUGGAGGGUUGAGCGGUGCGGGUUCUGGGGUUUUACGGGUGUGGCGGCCGGGAGUGGACGAGAUGGAGGAGGGAGAGGAGUUGCAGUUCGAUCCAACGGCCUACAACUGUUUGCACCAGUUCCGCCUCAACUGGCCCUGCCUCAGCCUGGAUGUGGUGCCGGACUCCUUGGGGGACAACCGCAAGACCUUCCCACACACUCUCUUCUUUGUCGCCGGCACGCAGGCGCCAUCAGCGGACGGCAACGUGGUGGCAGCAGUGCGUCUUGCUAACAUCAGCAAGAUGCGGCACCGGCGAGACGCGGAGGAGGACGAUGAGGACGAGGGGGACGACGACAGCAGCAGCAGCGAUGAUGACGAUGAUGAUGAUGACCCCAGCGCCAUGGGCGGGGAGGGCACGGGCGUGUUCCGCAUUCCCAAGCCCGGGAAGCCCAUCAUGCAGGCGCGCAGUGUGGUGCACUAUGGGGGGGUGAACCGCAUCCGCUGCAUGCCGCAGCAGCCCCACAUUGCUGCCUCCUGGAGCGACUCUGGCCGCGUGCAGGUGUGGGACCUAGCACCCCAGGUGCGGUCACUGGCAGCAACAGCAGCAUCGUCCGCAGUGGCAGCGGCAGACAUAUCGCCCCCAGUGGCCCGCCAGGCCCCCCUGCACAUCUACUCAGGCCAUGAGGAUGAGGGCUUUGCUGUUGACUGGAGCCCUGCCAACACCGCCACUCUCGCCACGGGCGACUGCAAGGGCGGGAUAGCGGAGUGGCGGCCAGUGGAGGGCGGAAAGUGGGUGGUGGGCGAGAGCAAGUUCAGAGGGCACCAGGGCAGCGUUGAAGACAUCCAGUGGAGCCCCACGGAGCCUGAGGUGUUUGCAUCCAGCGGGGUGGACGGCACGGUGUGCUUCUGGGACGUGCGUGCUGCCUCGCGCACUGCCCCUGCUCUGCGCGUCAAGGCACAUGACGCCGAUGUCAAUGUCGUCUCCUGGAACAGACUCGCGAGUUGCAUGGUGGCAUCGGGGUGUGACGACGGGUCCUUCCGCAUCUGGGACCUGCGUCUGCUGCGGGAGGCGGGGGCGGGCAAGGAGGGGGGCGCGUUCAUAGCGCACUUCAGCCACCACCGCCAGCCCAUCACGUCCAUCGAGUGGAGCCCGCAUGAGAGCUCCACGCUUGUUACUUCUUGUGCUGAUAACCAGAUCACCAUAUGGGACCUGUCAUUGGAGCGCGAUGCAGAGGAGGAGGCGGAGUUUGAGGCAGGGCAGAAGAAGCCGCAGGCAGAGGCGCCAUCAGACCUGCCACCUCAGCUGCUCUUCGUGCACCAGGGUCAGACGGACAUAAAGGAGGUGCACUGGCAUCCGCACAUCCCGGGCAUGCUGCUCUCCACUGCAGCGGAUGGCUUCAACGCCUUCAUGCCCUCCAACCUCUAG